AUGCAGAAAUCUCACUCCUAUGUGCUCCCUCCAUCCGCUACCUACAAUAAUGUCACCGGUCUCCCUCAUGCCAUGCCAUCGGCCAACCCGGCAGCUGAGCGUCGCGACUCCACCCGCUCGGUCAUGUUGACGGACGUCCCCGCCCUCGGCGACUGCCCAUUAGUAGACGACUCGUCACUCUCGCACCGAAACAGCAUCAGCACCACCGACGGCAUAUCUAACGAUUCGCCCGCCUCGUGGGAUGGCGACGCCCCCUCCGAUAAUUCUCCCUCUGCCGAGGUCGACGUCAAAAUUCAAGACGGCUUACACCAUCCAUUUCCGACGACCUCAGACACCUCGCCGAAAACCUUCCGAUUCAACGUGAUCGCAUCCCACGGCAUGGAGGCGUCCAUGGACGAGGUCACGCCCAAGAUCGAGGAGAUAGAUGAUGUGGACGAGUUGCAAAGCAUAAAACCGGUGGGAGUGGAGACAUCGAUGGCCCAUGCGAGUUCUACCCAUCCGGAUUCCACGGCUGCUCCCGUCAACGUCCCACGGAAACGUGGACGACCGCGCAAACAUCCGCUGCCAGCGCCCGGGAAUCAGAUCAAAAUCACCAAGGGUCGAUCCAAGACGGGUUGUAUUACCUGUCGUCGGCGGAAGAAGAAAUGCGACGAAACCAAGCCAGCGUGUCUCAACUGUCAAAAGAAUGCCGUAGUAUGCGAGGGCUACCCGCCAAAAGAAAUAUGGAAGAGUGGUAAGCAGAAGCUUGAGGAUGGUAAGUGCACCUUGGACCGUGGCAUGCUCGAGCUGCUUUGCUUUCGCACCCAGAACAUGGUUGCCCGCUCUCUACCUCUGCUUAUCGACGGCAUCGAAACCGAGAUUGACCGACGCUUCCUCGAUCAUUUCGUCUAUGGCUUUAGUCGCGUCUUGACCCUGAUCAACGAUGACUCCAACCCGUUCAAGGAGAUAUUGCUCCCUAUGGCCACUCAGCACCGAGGUUUGAUGCACUCGCUCAUGUGCCUCUCGGGCUCGCACCUGUCGGGUCUCCAUCAUGAUCCGAUGUUGGAGGAGCGAAAGUUCUAUCAUUACCACCGUGCUAUCAGGGAUCUCAAGGAUAAUAUCACAGCAUCUUCAGGUACUGCUGAGCAGGACCCUGAGCUUCUUAUCGAAGAUCCCAUCAUCGCAUCCACGAUUGCUCUCAGCUUGAACACCAUCUGUGAAGGAGAAACCAAAGGGGAAUACCGACCCCACAUGGAUGCCGCCCGGUAUCUGCUGUCGACGCAGCAACCGAGGAAUGAGAAGUUCCGGCAGUUUAUCGUCGAGUUCUUCCAGUACCAUGAUGUCUCCAACUCCAUCACUUCGCUGGAUCGCCGCCCCGCCCAUCUGCAGGGCGGCUUACGGCUGCCUGACUUUGUGCCACAUGCGCAGGCAGGGAUGUUCCUGGGAGUGUUCGAUGGUCUGUUCAAUUAUAUCUCCGAGGUAACUCGGAUUCGAGACCGGAUUCGACAGCGGUCCAAUGAAGGCUACGAGCCUGCGGUUGACUACCAGAUUCUGGGCGACGCCGUCUCCAUCGACUCCGCCAUCCGGGCUUGGGAGACCUCGUAUACGCCCAACACGCCGAACUACUACCUGGCCCAACUAUAUCGCCAGUCCACCUGGGUCUACCUGUACCGCACCAUCCGCCCGUCCCGACCAAGCGACAAAAUUGCGCAGGUUGUGGACGACGGACUAUCUUUUCUGGACCAGCUACCUCAGGAUGCAGGUGCCUACAGUAUUGUGCUGAUGCCACUGUUCCUCCUGGGCUGUUCUGCCUUUGUGCCCCGCCAGCGUGAGAGGAUCAAGAAGGGCUUUGAGACCCUCAAGGGCUACUCCAAUCUCCGCAACAUCGAGCCCGCCUUCAAGGUGGUGGAGCGAGUGUGGGAAGUGAUGGACACGAAAAUGGAAGAAAGUUGGGACUGGGAGAAGAUCAUCAGCGACAUGAAUAUGGAUUUCUUGAUUACCUAG